GAUAGUUUAGUUAGCUGUAUAGCAAUAAAUUGCUCCAGCAAUCGCACGGAUGCGUCUUAUAAAGACCCUGUUUCAUCCGGAUGGAAACACCGAGGUGAGGGUCUCUGUGAGCACCCCCGAGGACCUGUGGCAUCUGUAUAACUUUAUACUUCCCGAGGACGCCGUGCGAACCAAGACAAAGCGAAAAAUCACCAAGGAAAGCUCCAUGGGUUCACAUACCGCUGAAAUAAAGAUACUCACUUUAGAGAUACGUGUCAACCAGGUUGAGUUCUCGCCUGAGGAGAUUCGCGUGCAUGGGACCAACAUGAGUGAGAACGAGUAUGUAAGGCUCGGUGCUCACCACACACUUUCGAUUCAGGCUUCGCUCCCGCAGGAGGUGACAAUCAUCAAAAAGGAGUGGAAUACGAUUUGGGAGGAGCGGUUGCGGGAUGCCUGCGAUCAAGGGGCCAGCACCGAUACGGUGGCGCUUCUUUUGAGCUAUGGUGAGGCUCAACUACUGCUCGUGACGCCUUCCUUCAUUCACGUCAAGACUAAAGUCAACGUUACGAUCGCCAAGAAGCACAAAAAUGAUGGCACCGCGCGGGAUAAAUCAAUACAAAAAUUUUUCAAGCAGACCCUGGACGCUUUACUUAUAAAUGUGGAUUUUGAGAAGAUAAGACUCCUCCUCUUUUGUUCACCGGGGCAUGUCCGAGAGGAGUUUUUGGAAUACGCGAGAAAUGUAUGUCAGCAUUCUGAACAAGACAACAAGAAGACUUUGUUUCGUAAUUUAAACAAGACAGUUCUCAUCAAAGUUAAUUCUUGCACCAUUGGUGGUCUGCGCGAGGUUUUCAAAGACCCUGCCAUAGUCAAGCAGAUGCAAAUGACGCGCUGUGUUAAAGAUAUCUCGACUUGGGAUGCAUUCCAAGAAACCAUGAAUAAAGACCCAGACCGUUGCGUGUAUACACUGCAACCUGUCUAUCAUGCCACCUUAGCUGGCGCGAUAUCAACUCUUAUGAUCAGCGAUGCCGUUUUCCGCUCUCCAGAUCCAGUGGUUCGACGUUUUUUUCUCAGUCUCUACCAUUGCGUCCAAAAGAGUGGCGCCUCGGUGGUGCGCAUCUUUUCAAGUAACCAUGUGACCGGCGAGCAGCUUUCACAUAUGGGAAAUGUGGCGGCAAUACUUUUUUUUGCGUGCCCUGAGCUUGACGACAUCAAAGCAGACGCGAAUUUCAUACAUAGUGAAGAGGUGGCUGAGUUUAUUCGUUGCAACACCCCGAAUAAGGUCACGGUGUCAUAAGAGCACCAAAGUGACAAGCGGGGGGAGUCUCUCUUUCAUAAAAAUUUUAAAUGCUUGCCUUCAUCAUUUCUGAAGAGUGUGGGCAUAUCCUCCUUUCCUUCCCUUUUUCCCUUUCCCUCACACACACACCUCAUCCACCCCUUGCCCCUUCCCCCCUCUCGUAGCUUCCAAGAAAUGAGCAAAGCAGCAU